GGAGCAAGGAGAUGAAUGUAGCAGCCAAGUAUCGCGUGGCCUCCCUGUAUGUGGGUGACCUACAUGCAGAUGUCACUGAGGACCUGCUGUUCAAGAAGUUCAGCACGGUGGGGCCUGUGCUGUCCAUCCGCAUCUGCAGGGACUUGGUCACCCACCGCUCUCUAGGCUAUGCCUACGUGAACUUCCUGCAGUUGGCUGAUGCCCAGAAGGCCUUGGACACAAUGAAUUUUGACGUGAUAAAAGGCCAAUCUAUCCGUCUCAUGUGGUCUCAGCGUGAUGCCUACUUAAGGAAAUCUGGAAUUGGGAACGUGUUCAUCAAGAAUCUGGACAAAUCCAUCGAUAACAAAACCCUCUAUGAACACUUUUCAGCUUUUGGAAAGAUCCUGUCCUCCAAGGUGAUGAGUGAUGAUCAAGGCUCCAAAGGUUUUGCAUUUGUGCACUUUCAGAACCAGAGUGCUGCGGAUAGGGCCAUUGAAGAGAUGAAUGGAAAGCUGCUCAAGGAUUGCAAGGUGUUUGUUGGCAGAUUCAAAAACCGUAAAGAUCGGGAAGCUGAACUCAGGAACAAAGCCAGUGAAUUCACCAAUGUUUACAUCAAAAACUUUGGAGAUGACAUGGAUGAUCAGAGAUUGAAGGAAGUUUUCAGCAAAUAUGGCAAAACUCUGAGUGUUAAGGUGAUGACAGAUUCCAGUGGGAAAUCCAAAGGCUUUGGGUUUGUAAGUUUUGAUAGCCAUGAGGCUGCCAAAAAGGCUGUUGAAGAAAUGAAUGGACAGGACAUAAACGGACAGCUGAUUUUUGUAGGUAGGGCACAAAAGAAAGUAGAGCGACAGGCUGAGUUAAAGCAAAUGUUUGAACAGCUGAAAAAGGAAAGAAUUCGUGGGUGCCGGGGGGUAAAGCUCUAUAUUAAGAACCUUGAUGAUACCAUUGAUGAUGAAAAACUACGAAAGGAAUUUUCUUCAUUUGGAUCAAUUAGCAGAGUUAAGGUAAUGCAGGAAGAAGGGCAGAGCAAAGGAUUUGGAUUGAUCUGCUUCUCCUCUCCUGAGGAGGCCACUAAAGCAAUGACUGAGAUGAAUGGUCGCAUAUUGGGCUCUAAACCCCUCAACAUUGCCUUGGCCCAGAGGCAUUAGGAAAGAAAAAAAUUACCUCACCAGCUACUAUUUGCAGCAGGUGGGGGAAUGGUAUUGAUCUCUGCCUGAAUUGUUCUCAGUAAAUUUCAAAUCCCACCUGAUAGCUGCUUAGUUUGGUAAACUUUGUGAUUUUUUUUUUUUAUACAAAGCCAUUUUAUUUUAUUUUUUUGUGUGUGGAAAAAUAAAAACAAUAAAUCUUAGAAACUGGUUCAUUUUACAGAGGCAUACCUUCUAAUUUUAACAUUUUUUAUUUUCUUAUUUUGAUGUAGUAUUCAUAGCAAUAAGAAUAAUUAGAUAUAUUUUUAUUACAUUUUGAACUAACUGAAGUGAGGUCAUUA